AGCGUAUCGUGACAGCUGUACAUAAACAGACUUGCUCCACCUUAGAUACCACAGUAUAACCCAAGUUGCCUGGAGGAUUCUGAUUACGUUCGAAGGUUUGUGAAUACACGUCUAAAAGAAAAUUAAACUAUGUGAGAGGGAAGCAAGGUAUAUUAAGAGAACAAUGAAAAAAAGUGCAAUGAAAAAUCUUUUCAAAAGAGGGCAUGUAAAUAAUGCUUAUUCAACAGUACAAAAUGUGCACGAAUUAACUUCACAGAAGGAUGGAAACAUAUUUAAGCUAGUUGAUAACGGAGAUGUCGCACAGAUUGAAAAGUUAGUGGAGGAAGAUGUUGACUGCCUCAGCAGAAUGGAUGAUCAUAAAGCAACCCCACUGCAUUAUGCAGCUGGAGCAGGUCACCUUGACAUUCUGACACUGAUCACUGAUCAUGCCAACUUUGAAGUUUUAAAUGUGAUUGAUUCAAAUGGAAACACACCUUUACACUGGGCUGCAGAGAAAAAUCAAGCACUUUGUACCCAAGCUUUACUUGACAAAGAUGCAAACCCCAAUAUUCUGAAUAAUGCACUCAUGUCACCUCUCCAUUUGGCUGUGUCUAUAAGUCACAAUUCAGUGGUAAAGGUAUUAGCUUCACAUAAAACUACUGAGCUAAACUUGGAAGGUGAUCUUCAAAACACACCAUUGAUGUUGGCAUGUUCCAGAGAUAAUGCUGAAGGACUCUCUAUAUUGAUGAAACAUGGCGCAUUAGUAUGCAAAAGGAAUAGCCUGGGACGUUUUCCUAUCCAUGAAGCUGCUUUUUCAGGUGCAGAGAAGACGUUGGAAAUGUUACUACAGAAAGGUGAGGAACUGGGCAACUCCCGAGAAAAACAUAUAAAUUACCUUGAUGAAAGACACCAUGCUCCUCUUCAUCUGGCUUUGCUUGGGGGGAAAAUUGAGACAAUUAAAAUCUGCAUUGACAAUGGAGCAAAAAUUGAUUUACCUGAGAAGGAUAAGUCUACUGCCCUUCACUUUGCCUGCCUGCAGGGGGCAGUAGAGGCAGUCAAGCACAUGCUGUCUAAAUAUGAUGGAGAGAAUGAUAUUCUUCACCUCCUGGAUGGCAUUAAACAAACACCAUUGCACAAGGCUGCAACAUAUGACUACUCAGAACUUGUGGAAUAUCUAAUUGAACAGGGAUCAGACAUGAAUGUGACUGACUGUGAAUCCCGUACUCCUCUUCUGUGGGCUGCUUCAAAUGGAGCUUGGAACACAGUGAACCUACUGGUGACAAAAGGUGCUAAUAUCAACAUAAAGAAUUGUGCAAAAUGUAACUUCCUUCAUCUGACUGUCCUGCAACUCAAAGGUCUAAAUAACCUCAAAGAAGAAAUUCUUCAGUCUGAAAAAGUACAGAAGCUGUUGAACGACCAAGAUAUUGAUGGCUGUACUCCACUGCACUAUGUGUGUAAACAGGGACGAACAGAAUCUGUGGGGAGAAUGUUGAGCUUAAAAGCUUCUCCUUAUUUGAAAACCUUAGAUAAGAAAUCACCACUACAUUUUGCAGCAUGUUGCGGCCGGCUCAGCACGUGCAAGUUAUUGCUGCAGAACCUCAACGAGACCAAGCUGUUGAAUGAAGGCGAUGAGAAAGGAAUGACUCCACUGCACCUGGCGACACAGUAUGGACAUACCAAAGUGGUUCAGCUACUUCUCAGAAAAGGAGCUCUCCUAAUGCGGGAUUACAAGAGUUGGACAAAUUUACAUUACGCUGCUUCUGGAGGAUAUACUCAGACAAUGGAAAUAUUAUUACAAACUAAUGUAACACUGCUUGACCGGGUGGAUGACAAAGGGAACACUGCCCUUCAUUUGGCUGCGAGAGAAGGACACAGUAACGCUGUAUGUCUGCUCCUAGCAAAGGGAGCUGCUAUAACACUGAACCAUGAUGAAGCUUCUUUUUUCCAUGAAGCAAUUCGCAAUAAGAGGAAGGAAGCUACUUCAACUAUUAUUCAAAGUGACAGAUUGGCUGAGGCGACAGAAGUCUUUCUUCACGGCUCCCCCAUGCAAUGCCCUGUACUGGAAUUGAUUGAACACCUUCCAGAUGCUUUCAAAGACCUUUUGGACAGAUGUAUGACAGAAUCAUCAGAAGACAGGAAAAGUGUGAACUUCUCAAUUGAAUAUGAUUUCAGAUAUUUACAAUGUCCACUCACAUUCAAAAAACGAGCAAAGAAGGAAGAAAAUGUUCAAUAUGCACCGCUAACAGCAUUAAAUGCUAUGAUACGUUUCAAUCGAGCUGACCUUCUGAACCAUCCAGUUUGUACACAGUUUCUGAAAAUGAAAUGGCAAGCGUAUGGACUUAGAGCACACAUCAUAAAUAUGGCUCUCUUCUCAAUGUUACUUAUACCAUUGACGUUCCUCAUUAUUGUUUCACGACCUCAUGCCUUUGACAACGAACCAGCGAUCGUUUCCAACUUUACUCAAGGAUUGACAGGGCCCUGGAUGAGAUAUAAGGAGUCACUGUUGUAUAAACUGUGCACAAGAACUGUAUUUGUGAUGAGCAUUCUUGGUUUAUGUAAGGAAAUUUACCAAUUGCUACAACAGCGACUGCAUUACUUUCUUGAUUCAACCAAUCUCUUGGACUGGAGUAUGUAUGCGGCAUCCAUUAUUUUUGUAAUUCCCUGGAUUUUUGAUGUCAAAACUUCAAUACAAUGGGAUUGUGGUUCUAUUAGUGCAUUUGCAACGUGGGUGAACUUCCUGUUAUACUUGCAAAGGUUUGACAUUUGUGGAAUCUACGUGGUAAUGUUUGGGGAGAUUUUGAACACCUUGUUUCAUAUAAUGGCUCUAUUUCUCUUCCUUAUAUUGGCGUUUGGAUUUACCUUCUACAUUCUAUUAUAUGAGCAGAUGGCAUAUGGAAGUCCUAUUCUUUCCCAAUUGAAAAUACUUGCAAUGAUGUUGGGAGAUAUUAACUACAAUGAGAAUUUCUUGAUCCCAUAUAGCACAGACAAGAUGCAGUUCCCUCUUCUCACCUUUAUAAUGUUAAUUGUGUUUUUGCUGCUUGUACCAAUCCUUCUCAUGAAUUUACUGAUUGGUUUAGCAGUGGGAGAUAUUGCUGAAGUCCAGAGAACUGCAUCCUUAAAAAGGAUUGCAAUGCAGAUUUCUCUUCAUACCAGUUUGGAGAAAAAACUUCCCUAUUGGUUUCUUAACCGAGUCGACCAGCAGAAAAUAAUAGUAUAUCCUAACAAGGCAAGUGGCAGUAUGAUUGAGGCUCUGGUCCGGAAUUUUUCAGAAUCCCAAGUCAGUGACCCAGCCACUGAAGUGAAAUGUCAUGGAAUUGAUUACCGAAAGCUUGAACUGCAACUGGAAAAACAGAAAUAUAGGUUGAAGGACAUUUCGGCCAUAAUGGAGAUGCAGAAUGAGCUUCUAAUGCUCAUCAGUCAAAACUUGGGAAUUAAUUUUGAGGCAGUAGAGCAAGAUCAAGAAACCUUCUCUCAACACAGCAAAGCAAAAAGCAACAAGAAAAGGAUGUACAGAAUGGAAUCUUGUGCUAGCAUUGAGGAUGUAUAACCAGACGGAAUAAUUUUAUAGUUUGGAUAUUUCUUAUGAUGAAACUAAGCAUAAAUGUACUUUAUGACAUGGUAUUCAAAAAAAUUUCAAAUAUCUGCUGAUCAAAAUGAAAGUGCAGUGCUGUCUAAAUUUUAAUUUGAAAUUCCUUGCUUAAUAUUCUACAUCUAUUUUAACUGAGUAAAAACAAAAGAAAAAUCCUUUAAAGUACAAUAGAUCUAUGCACUUUAGGCUGUAUUUGUUUUAAAUUAUUUAUUGCAGUGUAGGUCCAUGUUCCAUGAAUCUGCAUGGGGCAUUUGGAUUUUGACAGUAUAAUUUUCAAAGUAAGUUGAUUUGUUCAAAAUGAGCAAUUAUAAUGCUGUUGAAUUAGUUAACAACAUGCUAAACCUAUUGUGAGGGUUUUUGUGUCUAUUAUUAACGGUAAUGGCCAGGUGGCGUAAAUCCUGUAUGUGCUAUGGUAUAGAUGUUCUUAAUUUGAACUGUAACUUUGCCGUUCAUUUCAGGAUGACAUUGAUUAUCAAACUACUGUAACUGGGCAUCUAGGAGAAGUAUCAAGAGGAAAAGUAGAAGGAGUAAAUUUCCUUGGAUGUAUUUUUACUGUUCAUGGUGUAUGUGCUUCAAGCAGCUUGGAAAUCCUAGAAUAACAUUGUAUGUUAAAUACUACCUCCAAAUAUCAGCAAGGUUAUAGGAAUGUACCAUUUAACUUGAACGGCAACACAUUCUUAAUUUAUUUGACAAACACUACAUCUAAUAGAAACUUAGAGAAGAUAAGUUACUUCAGAGGAUUCAUCAUUACAUCUUAAUGAAACAACCUUAUGAAAUAUUGUUAAUCAUAUUUAGCUAUAAAUGUGCAAAGUAGAUGCAGUGCUGAAAGAUUAUUCAAAUAAAUGUAUGUAUGAGCUUUGCAGUAAUGUGUUCUGUGGCUUAUCUGGUCCUUACCAGUUUCACAAAAUAUGUGAUUUGGAGAUGCUGGUGUUUGAUUCGAGUGGGCAAAGUUAAAAAUCACACAAACCCAGGUUAUAG